AUGUCAUCAUCUUCUUCAUUGUCAUCAACAACAACUGUGGUACUACAAGCGAAUGUCGAAACGAAUACCGAGAAUUAUAAUAAACAAUAUCUAUGCUUAUUUUAUGUUAUUACGGCUGGUAUGUUAGAUGAAGAUAUGGGUUCUGAUGAACAAGAAAUUAUUGAAAUGAUUCAUUUGAUUAUUGAUGUCGAUCAAAAACAGACUGUGGCUUUAUAUCGUCAGUAUGUGCGACCUAUAUAUGUAGAUGUUCUUAAUGAUGAAUACAAAGAAAAAAGUGGAAUUGAUGCAGAACUUGUAUUUUCAUCUGAACUCGAUCUCAAUGAAGCAUUGAGAAAAUUUGAUUCAUUCUUGCAUGAGCAUUGCUUACAUCCAGAUCUUGGCAUUAAAUUGACACUAGUUUGUGAAAAUUGUCUUCAUCUACGUCAAUGUCUUCAUCCAGAAAGUGUAAAAAAGUCAAUCACAUGUUUACCAAGUUAUUAUUGGUCAUAUUUUGAUUUGAGAUUUGAAUUUGAACAUAUGUAUAAAACUUGUGAACGUAACAAUUUAAAUUCCAUGCUUGAAAAAUUAAAUAUUAGCCCUAUAUCUGAAAGUGAUUAUUGUAUGCGCCUGAUUAAACAUAUGGAAUUGAUCGUUUAUCAGAUGUUAAAUGAUGGACAUCAUUUUGAAAAACUUGAACGUAUCAUGACUAAUUUACAGCAAGGCAUAUGUACUAAAAUAUUAGGAAUGGCUGCUUCGAAUAAUAAAUCAAGUAAUACAAAAGAAGAUUUGCAAAAAGAAUUUCGUUUAUUUGAUAAAAACAAUGAUGGAUACAUUGAUAAAGAUGAAUUAAAAUUGGUUUUAAAAAAAAUUUUACCUAAAUUUAAAUUACCGGAUGAUGAAAUAAAACGAAUGAUUUCAAAUGUUGACAAGAAUAAUGAUGGAAAAAUCGAUUAUAAUGAAUUUAUGGAAUCGAUUUAUCCACAAUUAUCAUCAAUACAAUAA